ACUCCUUAAUACAAUCAUACUCUCUCUACACGCCCAACGACUUACCCAACUCUCUCUCUCUCUCUCUCUCUAAAAACACGAAAAUCAAGACUUUCCAACUUUUCUGCUUUUAUUGCUUUCGCUUCAGCUUCUUUCAUCACCUGGCUCUGUUUGGGAGGCUUAACUGGUAAUUUUCUUUGAAUUUGAGUCUGGUCUCUGCUACUGAUCCAAUGCCUUCCGCCAUCUUGCCUGAUUGGCAUGAUAAGGCUAGUGGUUUCUUUUCUUCCUCAGGAUCCAAGAUUAAAGUCGCUGGACAGUCAGCUGGAACAUUUGUGGGCGAUGUUGCAAAAGAUGCAAAAGGUAAUGUCACUGAUGUGGCUGGACGUGUUGGUAAUAUGGUCAAAAGUCGAUGGGCAAUUCUUCAGCAACCAUCUACAAGACAUGCUGUGCAGGAACGUCUUAUAUCUGCUGCUGCUACUACUGGUACAUUGUUUAGAAAGGGCUUUUCGGAGACAAAAGACAAGGUCUCUGUUGGGAAGAUAAAAGUUGAAGAGGUGGCGAAGAAGACUGCACAAAAAAGUAAAACUAUUUUGACUGAUAUUGAACGGUGGCAGAAGGGAGUGGCUAGCACUGAUGUAUUUGGAGUUCCAAUCGAGGUUACUGUACAACGGCAACAAUCCAGCAGGCCAAUUCCCCAUAUCUUGGUCAAUUGUGCAGAUUAUCUCAUAUUGUCAGGACUAAAUACACCUGAACUGUUUAAAUCUGAGGGUGAUAAAAAAGUUAUUCAACAAUUGGUCUCAAUGUAUAACGAAGAUCCAAAUGCAUCAUUACCAGAGAGUGUAAAUCCAGCUGAUGUGGCAGCUUUAAUCAAAUGUUAUCUUGCUAGCCUCCCUGAGCCACUGACUACAUUUGAACUUUACAAUGAGAUCAAAAGUGCUCGUUCCAGUAAACAUGCAAUGAGAAAUAUAUUGAAGAGGCUUCCUAACGUCAACUAUAUGACCUUGGAAUUUACUACUGCAUUGUUGCUCCGUGUUAGUCAGAAGUCACUUCUUAACAAGAUGGACACACAAAGUCUUGCCACAGAAUUGGCCCCUGUUAUAAUUUGGCAGGAGGAAAGGAGACCUGAGUUUUAUAGGCAAUAUUGGAGUAGUCUACCAAAAGGCUCUUCCGAUAAGAACUUCAAUCAGCCGCCUGCUUAUAGUGCUUGGGAUAUGCUCUCUGAAGAUGGCGAAGAUAUUGAUGCAUCUUCUCCUAUUCCCUUGGAUGAUGGCAUGCCUAUUGAUUUUGCUGCUAUUGAGGUUGUUCAGUGCCUCAUAGAACAUCAUAAUGCAAUUUUCACAGAUGCAAAUGAAACAACAUGGAGAUGAUGUAGAGUGACUUGUUUUGUUAUAUACCGUUUAUUGAUUUUGUUUUGUUGUAAAUUCGACCUUGGUUGGAAGAAAUAUUAAGUUUGCUUAAAAGCUAUGCCAAAAUGAAUUUGAGUUUUUGUUUCC